AGCCGUCGAUGUUGUCACAUCUCUAUUGUAAAUAUUCAAGUAAAUUGCCAAAAUGUUGGUAAAAAUCCUACAGGUGGGCGAUACUCGUAUUGUUACCUGUUUGGGGACCGAUGAGGAGGAUGGUCUUCAAUUCUACUGCCAAGAUUCGCAGAACCAGAACUAUUGCGAGCAUUUGACUAAAUCGGAGCUUGUGAAGCGUCUCAAGGACUUAAACAAGCGGGUGCAAUUCCCCAUAGAUGCAGUGCAUCAGACUCUGGCUACUAAAGAGCCCUUUGAGGCUGUUCUAAGCAAAACAGAAGGGGAUAAUAGAGGCAAGCUUAUAACUUUAAAGUAUCGCAUGGAAGCCACCACAGCUCCAUUCAAAUGGGAAUGGCAUAUUAAGGCCAUAGAUAAAGCUAAUUUCUAUCGUUAUAUAGCCAUGGACUCUAUAACCAAAGCUUCACAAUUAUCCAGUCAAAUGUCAAUGCUGAUGCAAUUGGUGCAAAAGAAAGAUAUUGAACUGAAACAGUAUCGCAUUGAAGGAUCUCAGCUACGUAGAACCACUGUGGCCACGGAACCAUUCAAUUUUGAGAGUUAUAAAUUGGAACAUGAUGUGCUUCUAACUGAAGCUGCUUCCUACGGUCAAUUAUCUGGUGUAUUCGACUCCACAUUGCCAGAAGAGCAGAUUUACUUUUCUCCAUUACAUAGAGAUGUAAAGGCCAAGACCCCAACCCCACCUUCGACUUCGACAAAUGCAUCGAAAAUACAAUCUAUAAGUCCACGUAAUAGAAAGCGCAUGGCUUUGGAAAAGAGCACAAAUCAUUUGGAAAAGAAAAUAUUACAACGUCAACGGGAACCAAAUUUACAGUAUAAGGAUACACAAAGUCAGGAAGAUGAUUUGGAUGAUUGGUUGACGCCAAAUACAAAGCAAAUAAAAACGGAAGACUUGGUCAAGUCAGAGGCAACAACAAACGAAAAAGUAUUACAAAAUGAUGUAUCAACGGUUCAGGAAGAAGAAGUCGAAGAAGAGAAUUCAAAUGAACUGAAAGAUUUGCUAGCCAUAUUGGAUCGUACAAGCAAAGCGAAUGAAGAAAUGAUAAAAGAGGCAAAAAAGAAAAGUUAAAAAAUAAGAAUAUUUUGUAUAUAAAGAUCUGGGUUCAAUCACAAA